GUCCCGAGCACUGAGUCCCACCCCGUACGUCCAGAACACGUUUUCGAAGAUGACGAGAACGAUGACGAUGAGGACGAAGAGGAUGAGCUACCAGUACCCACACAUACAAAGCACCAUGAAGUUGUUGCGCUCAACAAACAAAGGGGUUCCGGACGAGAUGCUUAUAAACGUCAAGCGAUAACGAAUCGUGACGAUCACAAGAACCGAGAAGCGCUGGAUCGAGCGGACAGUCUCGUGGAAAAGGUGAAAAUCAAGCGUUUCAAGAAGAACAGAAAAUCCGAUUCGCUAUAA